AUGGGAAAACAGUAUUUUAAAGGUAUUAGCUCGGCGUGGGCUGUGGCCGUGGGAAGUGAAUGGUUUUACCCAGAGGGCCCUGCGCGGCCCUUCUGCGCUGGCACCGGCGCUGCUCCCUUCUCCCCGGCCGUGGCCUUCACGUUCGCGGCCUUCUGCUAUAUGCUGGCGCUGCUGCUCACCGCCGCGCUCAUCUUCGCCGUUUGGCACAUUAUAGCAUUUGAUGAGCUGAAGACUGAUUACAAGAAUCCUAUAGACCGGUGUAACACCCUGAAUCCUCUUGUCCUUCCAGAGUGCCUCAUCCAUGCUUUCUUCUGUGUCAUGAUUCUUUGUGCAGCAGAGUGGCUUACACUGGGUCUCAAUAUGCCCCUCUUGGCAUGUCAUAUUUGGAGGUACAUGAGUAGACCAGUGAUGAGUGGACCAGGACUCUAUGAUCCUACAACGAUCAUGAAUGCAGAUAUUCUAGCAUAUUGUCAGAAAGAAGAAUGGUGCAAAUUAGCUUUUUAUCUUCUAGCAUUUUUUUACUACCUAUAUGGCAUGAUCUAUGUUUUGGUGAGCUCUUAGAACAACGCUUAGAAGAAUUGGUCCAGUUAAGUGCAUGCAAAAAGCCACCAAUGAAGGGAUUCUAUCCAGUAAGAUCCUGUUCCCAAGAGUAGCCUAUGGAAUCUGAUCAGUUACUUUAAAAAUGACUCCUUAUUUUUUAAAUGUUUCCACAUUUUUUGCUUGUGGAAAGACAGUUUUCAUAUGUUAUAGUCAGAUAAAGAAUUUAAAUGGAAUUAUGUAUAAAUUAAUAUAAAAUGAUACCUCUGGUGUUGACAGAUUUGAACUUGCACUCCUUAAGGAACAACCAUAAUCCCUUGAAUGAUUGCAUUAAUUACUGACUGUCAUUAGUCCAUUGGAAGCUUUCGUUUAUAGGAACUUGUAGGGCUCAUUUUGGUUUUAUUGAAAUGCCAUUUAAUUAUAAAUUAACUGUAGAUAUCAGGUGCUUCUGAUGAACUGAAAAUAUGUAUCUGACCUGUGGGAAACUUCAUGGGUUUCCUUAUCUAUCAUGUAGGUGAUUAUAUAUGGAUGCAUUAA